AUGCCUCGACAACUUGUCUUGUUUGGGCGGCCGGUGCCCAGGUUGGGAUCGAGACAUGUAUCGCUGAUAUUUGUCUGCCUGGGGCUGUUUGCGCUGCUCAGCCUGCUCUUCAGCUUCCCCAGCGACCAGGUGGCGGCAACCGUACCGACGGACUCGAAACCGAAGGCGGGGGGGCACAAAUUCGGGAUACCCAAAUCGUUGAAAAGCCCGUGGUUGAAGAAGCUGAACCCGUUUAAGCCGCCGUCGCACAAGCCGGAGAGGCAAAAGAAUGACACCGAUGGGGAGUCGUCGUGGUAUUCGGAUUGGAGGUGGCUUACCAUGCCGUUCAGCAGCUCGAUUACCCUUGACGAGGACAGGGCUGUGCUGCCGGUGCUGGGGAAGAGAACCCCGAUUUAUUGCUACUAUGACACGAGCCUGGAGAAGGGGAAAGGGGAUAGGGAGGUGGAGAGCGAGUUGCUUCUUGCGUGGAGGAGGGCUUGGUGGGCGAAGGGGUUUCAGCCUACUAUUUUGAGCCCGGCGGAGGCGAUGAAUAACCCUCUGUAUGAGGAGUUGCAGAAGGUGGAGGGGAUGACGGAGGGGUUGAGGACGGAUUUGAUGAGGUGGUUGGCGUGGGAUAAUAUGGGGGGGGGCCUGCUGGCGAGUUAUCUGUUGUUUCCCAUGGGGGGGCAUGAUGAUGCUCUGCUUGGGUAUUUGAGGAGGGGGGAGUUUCCGACGCUGACGAGGUGGGAGGGGUUGGAUGAUGGGUUGUUUGUUGGGCCGAAGGGGGAGGUGGAGAAGGCGAUUAGGCUUGCGAUGGGGAGUCCGCAUGUUGGGGUGGUGAAGGGGCUGUUGGGGACGGUUCAGGAGAAGAGUGAUGAUCCGUUUAGUGUUGAUACUAACCCGAAGGCGUUGGCGUUUUAUUCGGCGAGGAAUAUCGAGACAAAGUACUCCAAGAUUGGGGAGGAAAUUACUGCUGCGAGGGUCGCCGGGAUGAAGAAGCUCAACCGGCUUAUCAACGCCCACCUUCACCUCGCGUGGCAGAAUACGUAUUUCAAAGGCAUCUCGGUCGUCAAACCGCUACCUCACCACACGACCCAUCUGAUCAAACCGGCGUACAAACUCGCCCGGCGGCUCUCUCAUUGUCCCGAGUCGCCGUUGCCGAGCACAUGCCCCCCGAACAUGAAGAAAUGCACACCGUGCGACGACACCAAGCCCCUCGGCGUCACCACCCCGGCUCACUACGUCAAUGACAGUGGCAUCUUCACCAUUGGCACCGUCCCCCACCCGCUGACGAUGCUCACUCUCUCCUCGCUCAACUCGGACCUGACAAUCCCUUUUAUCAGGCGGCACACGGAUCGCGACCCCUGGAUUUAUGACCUCACGAAUGGCAUUUCUCCCAAGGGCAUCCCGGCCUCUGCGCGCGUGCUCAAAUUCAAGGAGAUUGUCGCCUCGGAACCGACGUCUGCUUCUUCGCUUUGGUUACAGGCGGAAAACACGGCCGCGUUGAGUGAUAGUGACCUGGACUGGAUUUUUGGGUUUGAAAUUGCCAGUGAGGCUUCGUAUCCUAAUGAGGAAUGGGGGGAUAACAAUGGGCUGCCGCCGAUGCAUGACGCGAAAUUCGGGGCGGUGCCGGAGGAGAGGGAGUUGGAGAUGGAACGGACGCUGCUGGAGAAGGUGAAGAAGGUGGUGUUGGAGAAGAAGGAGAGGUUGAGCGGGGAGGGGAAGGUGAUCAAGGAGGCAGUGGAGGCGUGGAAUCUGGCGGACGGGGAGGCGUGGAGGUUUGUGAGGGCUUGGGUUGGACGGGGGCAGGUGGAGAGGAGGAGGUGGGAGGGGGAGGAGAGGAGGUUUGUUGGGGGGAUGGGGAGUGAGAAGAGGAGGGAUGGGUGA